UCAUCUCUACCUGCCCCUCCUUUCUCCCCUUUUUAAAGUCACGAGACCCACUUCUCCUCUUGAACGUCUUCUUUCUUUCUUUGAGAGAGAGAGAGAGAGAGAGAGAGAGAUGUCUCCAGAAGGGCUGGCAGAAGAACUGAUAGAGAACUUUCAAGCUCGAUUCUUCACCAUCACUCAACUAGCCUCUACAUUGCAGUCUCAAACUGAAGUCUUAUAAUUUUCCAAGCUUUAGUUAUCUUCCAUCUCAACGCAUUUUUCACCUCAUAUUUUCUGUCUUCCUCUGUCGGUAACAUGAGAACCGAGGGAAACCCUCUGGACCUCAACAACUUCCCCGAUGACUACUCAUCAAGAGAUGGCAAACAAGCCCUUGAAGACAGCUCUUCAUCUGCCGGCUAUAGGAAAAAGAAAAGCGGCGCAAAGGAUGGAAAAGACGAGUGCGGCAAGGUCUACGAGUGUAGGUUUUGCUCUCUCAAGUUCUGCAAAUCCCAAGCCCUCGGCGGCCACAUGAACCGCCAUCGCCAAGAGAGGGAGACAGAAGCACUGAACCGGGCUCGUCAGCUCGUCUUCAGCACCGAUAACUUGGCCGCCCAAGCUGCUCAUCAUCAUCAUCAUCAUCAUCAUCUUAGCGGGCAACCAGUUCCGUCGGGAGGAUUUCAUCAAACCGGCAACAUAGGUGAUACGAAGCUUCCAUUCAGACCGGUCUACCCAACGAGAAUGUUGUCGGCCGGUUCUUCAUCCACCAUCUUGCCGCCGCCGCCGCCACCUCCGCCGCCGCCACAGCAUCAGCCCUACUUAUUCUCAUCUCCACCGCGCCUCCUCCCCCAUUCCUUGCAACACCCCCAAGAUUAUUUCCUCGGCCAUGUCCUCCCCGGCAACGCUCAGUACAGCCACCCAAACCCUAACAACGCCGAAAGCAGUUACACCUGCAUUGGUGCCCCCAUCAGACAAGCGUUUCCCCACGGCAGCGGCGGAGGCCGAGGCUCCGAUGCGGAGGCGCCGGGUGGAGGAGCAGGUGGUAGAGACGUGUCACUGCUGAAUCAGGACGAAGGAUCGUGGAGCCGCGGCUACACUGGGGCACAGCAGUAUUUGGAUCCUUCGUCGAUCAAUCGGUUUCAAGAUGGGUUCUGAAAGGAUUUCGAGUGGGAAUUCAAGUCUUAAUCUGAUACGUACGCCCAGAGAGAGAGAGAGAGAGAGAGUCCAAACAAAAAAAUGGCAGAUGAGAGUAGAGAAGUUUUGGGCUUAGGGGCAGCUUUUGAGGGGAACAGGUACAAGCUCAGCCUCAGCUAGUUUGGCUUGAAGCUGUGGAUUGGACAUGAAAAGGGAACUAGAUUUGAGGGACAAGAAGUUAGAUAUGAACUGAAUGUUUCCAAACCCUUUUGGCAUUUGGGAUCUAGUUUAAUUUUUGCAUGCAAAUUAAUUAUCAUAUUUUUUCUCUGUUUCCUUAUCAAUUUGAGCCCUCAGUAGUUUGUCUUAUCUCCUCUUGCUAGCUACCUCUAAAAUGGCCACACAUAUAUAUAUAUAUCCUGCUUUCUUUCCUUCAAGUUUCAACUGUUUAUUGUGCUGCUGAAGACUGAGAAGUGGGAACUGAUGUUAUUACCUGCAA